AUGUUCAAAAAAGACAUACAAGCCGGUGCGCGAUCGAAGGUCAAGUCGUCCGUCCAACGAAGUCUCCGCAGCAAGCUCGUCGAGACGUAUCCGGGUUUCGAGCCGUACAUCGAUGAGAUCAUUCCCAAAAAGGCGCAGCUGGACGCUGUGAAGCUCCCCGAUCGCGCCACCCUCUACACAAUCGACACCAACCCGCUCUUCUUCCAACCGUUCGACGGCCCUCUGAUCCCCCACCUCCGACUUCUCCACGCCUUCCCUGAUGCCCUUCCCCGACUCCGCGUCGACAGAGGCGCCAUCCGCUUCGUCCUUUCCGGUGCGGCGCUGAUGGCGCCCGGCCUGACGUCCCCCGGAGGGUGGCUGCCCGACAAGGAACACGCGCUGGAAGCGGGCCAGGUGGUGGCCGUCGGGGCUGAGGGGAAAGAGGACGAUCUGCCUUGUGGGACCGCUGAAGAUGGGCACGGAGGAGAUGAAGGAGAAGAAGAAGGGAGUGGUCAUGGACGAAGGGCAUUACCUGGGUGA